AUGAUCAUUAACUUUUGGAAUCACGCCUCAGUGUUGGUGCAUUCGAAGAAAAACCCCAGCAAUCGAGAAAUACUUGCAACUCCACCACGUAGAUUGUUAGUUCUUGUAUACGCUCCGAAGUGAUUGCACUGCAAACUGCAAUCUAUCAAGAUGAUGAACAUUUUUCGCAUUCUUGGGGAUUCCCUCCAUGCGCUAGCGUUAAUCCUGCUGAUUGCUAAACUAUGGCGUACCAAAUCUUGCGCUGGACUAUCAGGAAAAACCCAAAUUCUCAGUGCGAUCAUCUAUACUACACGUUAUGCAGAUCUACUGUCACCAAAUCACUACCACAGCUACUACGUUUCCUCAAUGAAGAUUGCCUUCAUCGCAGUUAGCUGCCUCACUGUUUACCUGAUCUACGGCCCGUACAAAAAAACUUACGAUCGGGAAAACGAUGACUUCUACAACGAGUUUCUGAUAGUCCCGUGUUUCGUACUGUCACUUUUCUCUGCCAACUACAUGUCUCCGCUGGAAAUUAUGUGGACGUUCUCAAUUUUUUUGGAAGCGGUCGCGAUUUUACCUCAGCUUGAUUUGCUGUGCCACGUUAAAUUCGUCGAUUCCUACACGGUGUGUUACCUGCUGUCGCUUGGACUUUACCGUGCGCUUUACAUUCUCAAUUGGGCCUACCGCUACUACUAUGAAGGAGAUUACGAUUUGAUUGCAGUCGGAUCAGGCUUUCUGCAGACGGCUUUGUUCAGCCUUGUUUUCGUGCGUAUCUAUAUGCUGAAACGACGCGAGGACAGUGUUAUGAUCAGUGUUGUUACCUGAGCCGAGUUGUAGCUUGCGAUCAGGAAAUUAAACGUAAAAACAUUUUCGAGAAAAAAUGCAUCUGUAAAAAAUAUAUCAGUUUGUGUACGUCUGUUAAUAUUAGCGAAGUGAUAAAUAGCAAAAGAUACACAAAAUUACAUCUUUUGUUGUCAUGUUUUAUAGUAUGAAUGGAAAAAAAUAUACGAUACUCUCACCCAGUGAAA